CUCAAGUGCAUCGCAUCGACGCGCAGCAGCACUCUUUAGUCUCAUCCACUCUCUACCACUUGGUUAGCACACAACGAACCCGCCAGCCGGUGUAGCAGGCGAUACGGGUGCUGCCCAAAAGACAUUCAUAGUCACCUCAGCCCCCACGGCCUCUGCCCCCGCCCCAUGGCCCUCUUCAUCGCUCGCGCAAUAAAGGCCGGGGUGCACGCGCACCGGGACGCGUCCAACCCCGAUGGCCCCCCGAGCGAGGUGACCCGGGCCAUGCGCAGGCCCAAGGCGUCGUUCAUCUACGACCCGGUGUACGACCUGGUCAUGAGCAUCGAGCGCAAGGCACGGGGCGAUAAGAAGGUGACACCUUUUGAGAGCCGAGAGAGGCCACUGCCCCACCUCCCACCACCCCCACUCCCGGAUCACAUGGUCGCGUCGUCGUCGUCUGCGCCGCCGACGCCGACAGGCUUGAGCUCGUCACGACCGUUCUCGCACUCGCCGUACCCCGGGGCGCGCAGCACGCCGGGGUCGCGGACAAACUUGAUCCUUGACCGCGAGGUUCUGGACCGCGAUCUUCCGCCACUACCCCAGGCGGCGGAGGGCGAAAUAGAUGGUGGCGGUGUCAGCUCGCCCGUUACCCUGGACCAGACCAUGUCGAGCGCGCCGAGCACGCCAGUGCCGCCACUCCCCCCACGCCGGCUAACCCGCGCGGCCAGUCGUGACACUCUUGAUGAGGUGGGUAACCCAGGCUCUCGCAACCCAUUAACAACCCAGCCCCCGCCGCCAUACCCCGGGCACGAGGUCGAGGAGUUCGAGCCAGAGCCAUUGAGCCGGCGGUCAGAGCGCGAGCCCCGGCGAGGGCCGAUGACAGUGGCCAAUCCGGAUGAAUAGACCAGAGAGGCGGCCCGCCCUCGGCGCUGUUACGCCGCAAUGGCUGUUCCUUGUAGACGCUCGACACUGGUCGCUUUUUGUAUCUUUUAGCUGUUGUAGAUCUUGUGUAACGUUGGGUUGGGUUCUAUCAGUAGACCGAGAUUGGCGCCGUGUAACCGAAGGACACUAUCGGCUACAGCCGAAGGAGAGUGCGUUUACGAUGACGCGGGUGUCGCAGUUGGCAGAGUCUCUCACGCCCACGGACGAGUGUAUGCAGACUGCGGUGCUGUGCUGCUGGACGGGGCGUGGCUGAGCGUGCGUUUGUUACUCUACGA